AUGUCCUCCUCCAAGGAGCUACCACCUUCUACCACUCCAUUCUUUCCGAACCAGUUCAUCAAGAAUCAAUUUUCAUCUAAACCGAAGCCCAUCCCAGACGAUACCGAUCUCUCCGGCAAAGUUGUUAUUGUCACAGGCUCAAAUAGUGGCCUUGGUCUGGAAUGCGCACGUCAACUUCUCUCCCAUAAGCUGACCCGGCUUAUUAUGGCUGUUCGUUCAAUGCCCAAAGGGGAGGACGCAGCCGCGAAGCUACGGAAGCAGUAUCCCAAUUCCACGAUUGAUGUUUGGUCCUUGGAUAUGGCGUCAUACGAUUCAAUCCAGGAGUUCACGGCCCGGGCUAAGAAAGAGCUACCUCGCCUCGACAUUGCCAUCCUGAACGCUGGAGUUGCCGCAGGAGCUUUCAGGACUGUACCUCCUACUGGACAUGAAGAGACCAUGCAGGUCAAUUAUCUUUCAACAAUGCUUCUGGCUAUCCUCCUACUCCCAGUUCUGAAGGACAAGUCUCCUGUCGGAUCGCCAGGAAGAUUGACCAUCGUCACAAGCAUGCUCUCCAUGACUGCCAAGUUUUCCAACAAGAACGAAGUUCCACUUCUCAAAUCCUUUGAUAACGAGAAGUUCUUCGACUCUGUUGAUAUAUACCCAACCUCAAAGUUCCUCGGUCAGUUCUUCAUCUGGAAGCUCACGGAUUCGGUGUCUGCAGACGAUGUGGUGGUGAACCUCGUUGAACCCGGAUUUGUAAAAGGCACGAAGCUGCAACGUGAGGUGCCUUUUGCGGUUAUGGUUGUGUUGAAUUUAUUCAAAGCUGCCACUGCUCGAAGUGUCAAAAUCGGUGCAUCAACCUACCUCGACGCUGCCAUCGCCCAGGAGAGCUCUCACGGGUCUGUGCUAAUGAACUGGGAGAUUGUUCCGUACCCUUCACUUCUGUACACAGAGGAUGGUAAGAAUAUCAUGGAAAGACUGUGGGAAGAGACGUUGGAAGAAUUCAGCUUCGUUGAUGUCAACGGUAUCCUCAAAUUCCUGUAA